AUGGGUACAGACGACAAGGUGGAGAUGGGUUCAGAGAUAGACGUGGAGAUGGAUAGAAAGGCUGAGGUGGAGGUGGAUACAGAGGCUGAGGUGGAGGUGGAUUUCGAGCUGGAGGUGGUGGUGGGAACAGAGGUGGAGAAGGGUACAGAGGUGGAUGUGGAGGUGGGUACAGAGGUGGAGGUGGAGGCGGGUAUAGAGGUUGGAGGUGGGUACAGAGGUGGAGGUGGGUACAGAGGUGGAGGUGGGUACAGAGGUGGAGGUGGAGGUGGAGGUGGGUACAGAGGUGGAGGUGGGUACAGAGGUGGAGGUGGGUACAGAGGUGGAGGUGGGUACAGAGGUGGAGGUGGGUACAGAGGUGGAGGUGGGUACAGAGGUGGAGGUGGGUACAGAGGUGGAGGUGGGAACAGAGGAGAGGUGGAGGUGGGAACAGAGGUAAAGGUGGAGCUGGGUGGGUUCAGAGGUGGAGGUGGAGGUGGGUACAGAGGUGGAGGUGGGUACAGAGGUGGAGGUGGGUACAGAGGUGGAGGUGGGUACAGAGGUGGAGGUGGGUACAGAGGUGGAGGUGGAGGUGGAGGUGGGUACAGAGGUGGAGGUGGGUACAGAGGUGGAGGUGGGUACAGAGGUGGAGGUGGGUACAGAGGUGGAGGUGGGUACAGAGGUGGAGGUGGAGGUGGAGGUGGGUACAGAGGUGGAGGUGGGUACAGAGGUGGAGGU